AGUAAUAACAAAGGCGUUAUAUAUCAGCAACCUCCCAUAUAUACACAACAACACUAUUAUCCACAAUCCACAUAUACUCAACGACAACCUUCUCCACCCUUACCACCCUUACCGAUAUCUGCACAGAUCCCUAUUAACAAUUAUCCACCCAUACAAGCUCCUACAUACAAUGUUCCAAUACCUAGAGUAACCUCAUAUAUAAACGAUAAUCCUCAGCAAGGUGGUUCUGGUGGUUAUUAUUCGCAAAAUCCUAUUUUUGGACAACCAUAUUCUCCACCAAAUUAUGACCCCCCAAAAGAAGCAGCAAACUAUGAUCGUAGUGAUUCUGCUUCCAUAGUCUCGGUUGCCUUUUCAAUUAAUGACGAAACCACUACCGAGAGUCAUUGUUUUAACUGUACUAGUAAAGUUGUAGAUUGUGAUCUCGACGGAUAUCCCGGCGAAUAUUGUAGUGAUCAAUGUCGAAAAGAUGCUUCCUUAGCCGGGUUUGCCAACCCUGUUUGCAUUCUAUGUAAAGAAUAUCCUCAAGUUUCCAACUCAAAGUUUUGUGGCAAAAAACGCUGUAGGAAUCUACCAAAAUGUUAUUUAUGUAAAGUUAAAGACGUUCAUAAAGGGUCAUUAUGGUGCUCGAAAUCGUGUAGGGAUAGAACACCUAAUUGGCAAAGUUUAACCGUAGAAAGGGCCAAUUAUAUGUGUUUGGUUUGUGGUAAAGAGUUUGCGUUAAAAGGAAGAGAUUUUUGUCGUGAUGAUUGUGAGCGGUGGGCCAAAACCAAUGUGCCAUGUCUAUUUAAACUUCCGGUCAAUGCAGAAAAAUAUAAGGAUGUACUUAAUCAAUUUAAAAUGGCAUGGAGGCAUCCACACAAACGAGUUCCACAAGUUCAUUCGAUAUGGAAAAUAUAUUGCAAUGAUAUAUUGAAUAACAAAUAUAAUACUUAUAAGGCGGAAGUUGAAAGGAUGCACCAAUUAGAAGGCAAACCUUUUCCCAAAGGGGAAGGUCAACGUACGAUGAGUGUUGGAAAUGAACAACGUAGAUUUCAUGGAACUAAAAUGAAAUGUCAAGUUGGAUUACAGAACAACAAAAUUUGUAGUGAUAAACAAUGUUCAGUAUGCGCUAUAAUAAGGGAAGGAUAUAAAUUAAAAUAUGUUGGCACAGGCACAAUAAGUGCGGCAUUUCAAAGGUUUGGAAGUGGAAUUUAUUUUUCUGGAACAUCAUCAAAAUCAGAUGAUUAUAAUGAAGGGUCAUUAGUAAAUUAUUUAGGAGUGAAUUAUAAAGUAAUGUUACUGAACAAAAUAGUCGUAGGCAAAGGAUACGCAUUAACCAAAGAUGCUAUGACUUUAACAAGUCCUCCUGUUGGAUUUGAUAGUGUACUUGGCGAACCAAGUACUUCCGGGAAUCUGAAUUAUGAUGAAGUUGUGGUUUACAAAGAAGAAGCUUCUAUCCCACAAUAUUUGAUAGUUUAUGAAACUUUAUAA